AUGGAAGGAUUUGCUCCGCCCAAGUUUUCUUUUGGAGAUCAAUGGGAGAUGUAUCAAGAACGUUUAGAGCAAUAUUUCCUAGCCGUGGAUUUAGAAAAUGAGCGUAGAUCCGCUAUACUUCUUACCUCGAUUUCGCUAGAAGUUUAUCAAACGGUAAAGAACAUCUGCCAUCCAGAGAAACCAAAUGCUAAGUCCUAUGAAGAGCUGUGUGCGUUGUUGAAGGAAAGAUUCUGUCCGGCGAUAAUUACUUAUCGGGAGCGAACAUCGUUUUAUAGAGCAAGGCAAGAAUCUGGAGAAAGCGUACAAGAAUGGUACGUUCGCUUGAAGAAACUAUCCUUGAAUUGUGAUUUUAAAGAACAUUUGGACCAUGCACUGAAGAACAUUUUUGUGACGGGACUACAACCCGGUCCGAUUUUUGAACGGUUGUGUGAAGAGGAAGACAAUGUUUCAUUGGAGAAUUUGCUCAAGAUUGCGGUGAAAAGGGAAGCCACAUUAAAAAACCGAACAUUGCUGGAAGUUAACAAGAUUAACGAGAAAAAGGCAAGCUAUGAAGUUGUCAGUAUCGAAGUUAAUGUAUGCAAGAUUUGCAAAGAGAAAGGCCAUAUUGCCGUGGUUUGUCCGAAGAAACAGAAAGCGUUUUUCAAGAAGGAGCAAACGGUCAACCACUUGGAAGUCAACUCUGUUAGCUGUUCUGAGCCGUAUUACGUGGAUAUUGCAGUUAAUGGACGAAUGACAAGAUUUGAAAUGGAUACUGGAUCACCAAUAACGAUUAUCUCUGAGACGUUUUACCGCAAUAAUUUCGGAGAAUUUACACUUCAUCCGUUCCGUGGGAAGUUGGUGUUCUAUACAGGAGGUGAAGCUACACCGAAGGGAGCUUUUGAAGCUGUUUUAUGUUAUCAAGGUCGACAAGCGGUUGGUCAAAUUGUGGUAAUUGAAGGAGGGCGCAAUCCGUUGAUUGGACGUGAUUUUAUUGGAGAGUUGCUUCACUUGCGGUUAAACAAACUUGACACGGAGUCGAGUGACUGUCAGGAAGUUCAACUGAAAACUAUUUUGAAUGAAUAUCAAGAAUUGUUCGAUGGAUCAUUGGGUUGUUAUAAGCAUUCAAAAAUCAACUUGCUAUUGAAACCUGAUGCUGUACCGAAGUUUGUUAAACCUCGAAAAAUACCGAUUUCGUUUCAAGCUAAGGUUGAAGAGGAACUGGAUGCACUAGAGAAGACUGGUAUUAUUACUAAGGCUGAGAUUGCAGAGUGGGGAACCCCGUUAGUUCCUGUUUUAAAGAAAGACAAGUCAAUUCGUUUGUGCGCUGAUUAUCGAGUAACUGUCAACCCGUUUCUGGAAGAUAAGCGAUACCCUAUGCCUGUUGUGGAAGAUUUGUUCGACGCGUUGCAAGGUGGAAAGUUAUUUUCGAAACUGGAUUUGAAAUCGGCGUACAAUCAGCUAGAGCUUGAGGAAGAAUCGAGAAAAAUGUUGGCAUGGAGUACUCACAAAGGAAUAUAUUAUGUGAACCGUUUGCCGUUUGGUACUAAACCAGCCUGUGCAAUAUUUCAAGAAGUUCUGGAAAAGUUAUUGCAGGAAUGCCCCGGGUGUAUCAAUUUCUUGGAUGACGUUUUAGUAACUGGUGCAACUGUAAGCGAACAUCUCAAGAAUUUAGCAAGAGUGUUGAGUAAGCUUUUAGAAGCCGGAUUUCGACUAAAUCGUGAGAAAUGUGAGUUUUUCAAGGAAAGAAUGCAAUUUCUGGGACACAUUAUUGACGGUGAUGGACUGCAUAAGGAUCCGAAAAGGUUCGCGCUAUAA